AUGGCUGCAUCCUUUCUCACAGAGCAAGUACGCGCAAUCAAGGUUGGCGAUCCUUUUUCACCUGACACAUACCAAGGGCCACAAGUGUCCAAUACUCAAUUUGAGCGCAUCAUGGGAUACAUAGCCUCUGGCCAGAAAGAUGGUGCUACAGUACACCUUGGUAGCAAGCAGAUUGGUCGAGAGGGAUACUUUAUCGAGCCAAUAAUUUUCAUCCUGUUGCAGGUUGUUGAACAGGCUAAUGAUACAUCAUACAGACUUGCCGCAUUGGUGUUCACUGAGGAUAUCGACAGAGCAAUCCGCAUUGCACACGCUUUCGAAGCAGGUACUGCAUGGAUAAACUGCUCCAACCAAGCUGAAAUAUCGAUGCCAUUUAGAGGCUUCAUGCAGUCUGGAAUUGGUUGUGACCUGAGUAAGUAUGCUUUGGAAAACUAUACGAAUGUUAAAGCUGUUCAGGUCAACAAUGGAUUGCAAUUGUGA